UCCAGGAAGGAGAGGCCUGGUCAGUUAGAAGCCAAAUCAGCAAUGAGUUGUGAGCCUUCCAAGUUGAAUUGAAUUUGGCUCUGAAAACUGAAACUGAGCAUCUAUUGUAGCAUAUACUUGCAUGCCAACUAUACACAUAUAGGUAUGUAUGUAUGUAUGUAUAUCGUUUGUAAGUACCUUGUCUUGCAGAAGAGACCUACCCUCAGUUUUUGUAUUCAGUUGUCCCUCCGCUUCUGCUUCCAAGUGUUCAGAAAACCUUCUCUGCAUGUGAUGAUGUUAAGGAGCUCUUCAACGCCGGUCCUUGGCUCCCUCCUCUCAUCCCACUCGGAGAGCCCCGGCCCCGGCCAUGGCCACCAUGAGGCUGCUGGGAAGCACUCGCAGACGGCCAUCUUCGGCCAUCACCACCAGAAGCUCUCCGCCUUUCAUGCCCCCACAUUCUCCUGCACCUCGUCUCCUAUCUCUCCUUCCAUUGUCGAUACAGCCUGUAAAGGCUUCCGCCGGGCACAGUCGGAAGGCAACUUGGAGGAGUUGGUUGCAUCAGAUACGAAUGAGGACGAUCAUUUCAGCGAGCCCUACCAAGCUAGGAAGUUUCCCCGGGCCCGACCGAGGAGUGGCUCGGUGUUGCAGACUAUACCAUCCUUCUCUUUGUAUGGUACAAGAGGCGGGUAUGAAGAUGAAGAAGAAGAGAGCGAAAUCGAUUACAGCGAGGAUGAAAGGGACGAGUCUGAAGAUCCAGAGAUGGGAAAACCGAGAAUGGCCCUGAAUGAGGGCCAAUUGGAUGUUAAAGGUGAAGCAGGUCCAUGCGCUUUUGAAGGUAACGAGAUGUUUCUUGCCAAAGGGCUCGGGAUUGGCAUCGAUCAGGUUGGUGGGUAUGGUGGUUGUGGCGGCGGUGACGGAUCUUGUCUGGUUAACUAUGGAGGAGAUGGGCAAGAGAAUCACGGGGUUGAGGAAUAUUACAAGAAAAUGGUGAAGGAGAAUCCGAACAAUCCUCUGUUCCUCAGGAACUAUGCUCAGUUCCUACAUCAGACCAAAGGAGAAGCCGAGAGAGCAGAUGAGUACUAUUCUCGAGCCAUACUAGCAGAUCCUCAAGAUGGGGAGCUCCUCUCCCAGUACGCCAAGCUCGUAUGGGAGUUCCAUCGAGAUAAGGAACGAGCAAUGAGCUACUUCGAACGUGCAGCUCAAGCUUCCCCUGAGGACAGUCAUGUUCACGCGGCAUAUGCGGGUUUUCUUUGGGAAGCGGAGGAGGAGGGUGAACAAUAUGAAGCUCUGAAUGCCAGCAGCCCCGCAGUGACACGACUUACAGCUCACCAUGAAGGGUUUGUAGCUUCUACUGGUUCUUGAUCUCCCGGAUCAAGUAAAAGGAUCUUGUUGGAAACGAUUCGAAGACAUAAUCCAUUUUUCUGCAAUUCCAACAGAAGAUGGGGUGAAAGCAAUCCAUCUGAUCGGACCUUGAAACGAAGCAUCGGCUUUCCAAUAAAAAGCAUGGAGAAGUAUAGAUAGUUAUUAGUUCUCUGUUGCAACGUAUAGUGUAGUAUGAUUGUCCAGUGAAACCCUUUCUAGCACACCUUGCAGUAGAUAGUAAUGGAGAAUGAGAAAGCUGAAUAGUCGGUUCGAAUGAGCUUUGCUGCAUUUCGAUCUUUCGCCAACCUCACCGAUGUAUGAGACAUGGAAAAUGAAUAUAAAUAAGUUGCUCUAUGAACGUCGUCGUGGAUGAAACAUCUCCGAGUAAAGAGCUUCGAGUUUUGCAAGCUCAAGGUAAACAAACGCAUUUGGCAGGAUGAUUGGAAAUGUGUUGGGAACCUUGGUAUAUAUGAUCUCAGCUUGUA